AUGCAUAGGCGAUGCAUGGUCUGUUUCGGUGAAGGUCACAUGUCUUUYAAGUGUCCUUYCUCUUGCUCUGUCUGUAAGCGACGCCAUCAUGCACUACUUCAUAGGGAACCUAACCCGAAGAAGAYUAGUCCGCCAGCUGCUCUGCUAGGUCGGCAACCCACUCCUACAGUACUGUUAGGAACUKCUGUGGUACAUGCUCGAGAUACCGUCGGGAUCUGCCGUUCUGUUCGUGUUCUAAUAGAUUCCGCGUCGCAAAUAAGCGCGAUCACUUCUGCCUGUUGYGAUAGGUUGGGAUUACAGCUGUCGCGUUGGACGGUACCUGUCACUGGACUGUCAGGGCAAAGGGUUCCGGAUGUGCAGGGUGUGGUCCAGCUGACGAUCCAGCCUCGUGACAAGAUUACUCCGGCCAUCCAAGUGAGACCUUGGGUGCUCUYCUCGAUCACUUCCGAUAUGCCGGCCCGACAGUUGCCAAGUCAGGUUCGGGCAAGAUGUAGUCACUUGUCGCUUGCCGAUCCAUAUUUCGAUAAACCUGCUCCGGUUGAAUUACUUAUUGGCGCUGAUAUAUUUCCACAGAUUUGGAAUAACCAGAGUAGCUCGCUUGGUCCAGGGUUCCCUUCAGUUUCAGUUUAUAGUUCGAUAUUUGGUUGGGUCCUGAUUGGCCCUGUCCAGGCACACCCGGAUAUAGGUGCGCAAUCCAUGUUAGCCUCCUCAGAAUCGUCGAUGGAGACUAUGAUCGAGAAGUUUUGGUUGGUUGAAGAWCCUGAGGCCGCUCCGCCUCAAUUUACUGAAAAUGGUCAAUGUGAAGAGCUGUUCCGCUCCGAGAUGGUCCGAGAUUCUAGUGGUCGGUUUUCUGUCCCUCUUCCCUUCCGCUCGGGUCGAUCAUCRGAAGCUUUUCCGGGUUCUCGACAGGUCGCUCUUAACCGUUUCUUAAACUUGGAAAAGAAGUUGUCUGCGGAUAAGAUCUUGCACAGAGCUUAUUGUAAGUUUAUGACCGAAUACGAGGAGCUGGGUCACAUGUCUCUCGCUGAAGGCGAAGGUCAGUACUUUAUCCCUCAUCAUGCCGUACGGAAGGUCGAGGGGGAUGAACUCAAGUUGCGUGUGGUCUUUGAUGCGUCCGCCAAAUGUCAUUCCGGGAUCUCUCUCAAUCARUGUUUGUUGGUUGGUCCGAAGUUGCAACAGGAUAUUGUUGAUGUCUUGGUCGGAUUYCGGAUGCAUAAGGUUGCAUUCACUACAGAUAUAUGCAAGAUGUAUCGGCAGAUCGAAGUCUUACCGCAAUACCGGGGAUACCAGUAUAUCCUUUGGAGGGAUUCCCCGCAGGUGUCGGUGAAAGAGUAUACCCUCAAUACCGUUACCUACGGGGUGAAUAGUGCUCCCUAUCUCGCCUUAUGA